UCCCCGCAGCAGGCAGACUGAGCUCACCCAGAGCUGAGUUUCCUUGGUUAGACUCCCAGCCCUCUGCCCAGUGCCCCAGGAGAGCCGUGUGGAUGUUUCUGGUGAAGGAUCAAACCCCGUCACAGCCCUUGGAAGCAGCUUUGGACUGUAGCAGUGAUUAGGAGCCGACAUGCCGAUGGCAGAGGGGCCAUGGGAGGGGGCCAGGGCCCACCAGAUCCUGAGGGCAGGGAAUGCACCGGGGGAGCAAUUCUAGCCAGAUCCUGCCAGGAAUCAUCCCCAGCGAUGAAGGACUUCAUUGAAAUCACACUGUGCCCUGACAGGCUGGAGCAGAGUAAGACGGAGUUUUACAAUCCCAUCUUCGAGAGUGAGGGGGCUGGCUGUGCACCCCCUACCCCUCACCAGACAGAGUGGGAGAACGGGACCAGCGCUGGAUCCCCCUGGGAUGGCCUCGCUCGCCUCUCAGGCCAGCAGCUCUGGAGCAGGGUGGGCAGGAAACACAGGCCCGACUGCACCUUCUCCUGGCUGUGCGUAGCACUGAUGAGUUCCUUGCUCUUGCUGCUCCUCGCCUUGCUGCUGGGGAUCAUCAUCUCCCAGCUGCAGUCCUCACGCCCAGCUGGACCCUCCUCUGUGACUGCAUCCACUCAGCACCACGCCGCCACCAUCACGGCAUCCACGAGUACAACCGAGCCCAUGGCCACCGCACCACCCCCAGCCACUACACUGGAGCCCUCCUGUGGGGGGACCCUGCAGGGCCCCGAAGGCUCUCUCAGCUCCCCCAGGUACCCUGCCCCCUACCCACCCAACACCCUGUGCAUCUGGCGCAUCCAGGUGGAGGACGGGCUGGCCAUCCAACUGAAGAUUGAGUCACUCAGCCUGGAGGGCACCAGGUGGUGCCUCUUCGACCGGGUGGAGCUGUACGAGGAGCUGGGGGCAGCUAGUGGCUCCCCUUGGGGAGGGACAUCCAGGUUUUGUGGGGACGUGGCGCCCCCGACAAUCAACACCAACUCCAACCGGCUGCGCAUCACCUUCGUCUCGGACAACAGUGUGGGUGCUCUGGGGUUCACCGCCCACUACCGUGCCAUCCUGCCCAGCGACAAGAGCUGUGCCUGGGACGAGUUUUUCUGCGACCAGGGGCUCUGCAUCCACCUGGGCCUUGUCUGUGACGGCUUCCAUGACUGUACAGACAAGAGCGAUGAAGCCAACUGCAGCUCGAGACACAAAGAAUGUGGUGGGUCGUUGACCAACUUGGAGGGGCAGUUCUCCACCCCAAGCCACCCCCAGCCGUACCCGCAUCAGCAGCUGUGUCUCUGGCAGAUCGCAGUGCCCGUGGGCCAUGUGAUUGAUCUGCAAUUCCACAACUUCAGCCUGGAGUGGCAGGAGGACUGCACCUUCGACUUUGUGGAGGUGCACGACAGUGCAGGCACAGAUGCCUCCAGCCUCUUGGGCAGGUUCUGUGGCUCCCAGCUGCCGCCCAUCCUGACCUCCUCACGACACGUCAUGACUGUCCUGUUCAUGGCAGAUGAGGGCGUGGCGGAGGAUGGGUUUUUUGCCACCUACCGUGCCCGGAACGCCACGGAAAAAACGUGCAGCCCCUCGGAGUUCUCCUGCAGCAACGGGGAGUGCCAGGCGCGGGAGUUGGUGUGUGACGGCUGGCACGACUGCCCGGAUGGGAGCGAUGAAUUCAACUGCACGAGUGUCUCACCCCCCUCCUUUGAGUCCUCCUGCCAGCAGAUCCAAGUGGAGAUGUGCUUGGGCCUCAGCUACAACACCACCUCCUUCCCCAACAUCUGGCUGACCAUCCCAGACCAGCAGGGAGCGGCCACCAUGCUCCGAGACUACAAGGUCCUGAUGGAGCUCCCCUGCUACCAGCACCUGCACCUGCUGAUAUGCAGCCUCUUCGUGCCCAAGUGCACGCCGGACGGGGGCGUCCUGCAGCCCUGCCGCUCCGUGUGCCUGACGGCGGAGCAGCGUUGCCAGCAGGCCCUCAGGCUCCUCAGCAUCGUCUGGCCCAUCAACUGCAAUGUCCUCCCCGACUCCAACGACCCUGUGGAGUGCUUCAAGCCAUGAGGGGGAGGUGGGGCCCAAUAAGCAGAGGGGUGGGGCUGGCUCUCCCCCCAGCCAGGCCAGAGACAUAACCUGUCUGACUUUGGGGCGAGUGCGGACUCGAAUCCUUCUCAGACCUAUGCCCUCCACUUCCUAUGCAUUUCCCUUCAGGGACCUGAGGAUACAGGAAGAGCCUGUGGGGCCCAGGAGCCCCAAAUAAAGGUGCUGGAGAAGAAACCACCCACCCUGAGACUGGGAGAUUGCUGCCCCAUAACAGUCCCCUAAGGGAACCGCCAGGGCUGGCCCUAAGGGCCUGGAAUGCGAGUGACUGGCUGUGGG